AUGCGAAACUGGGUGUCGAGCUCCGAAGAGUUCCUUCAGGCCAUGGGGAAGCAGCAAACAGACCAGUGCGUACGUUUCAGUGAGGACAAGGAAACGGGUCUUGAGCGAGUACUGGGCAUUGUCUGGAGCCCUGCCAGCGACGAGUUCUCGUUUUCCAUCGAGCUGAGGGACGAUCUUGUGCCGUGCUUGUCAGGCAAGCGGCUGCCAACAAAGAGAAUCGUGAUGAGCUGCGUCAUGAGCUUCUUUGAUCCGCUAGGACUACUGUCUAUUUUCACCUUUUACGGGAAACUUUUAAUACAGGAGCUGUGGCGCCGUGGAUGCGAUUGGGACCAACAAAUAGCUGGAGAGAACGCGGAGAAAUGGAAUCAGUGGAUUGCAAGGCUUCCGGAGGUUGAAAAUGUCCGCAUUCCCCUGUAUUACUUUCGUGGCGGACAUGAUUUGGACUUCAGUAGCGUUAAACUUCAUGUCUUCGUCGAUGCCAGCGAAGGCGCAUACGGGGCUGCAGCGUAUCUGCGGAUUGAGACGGUUGAUGGUCCGAUGUGUUCGUUGGUGAUGGCGAGAUCGAAGGUCGCACCACUGAAGCACCUCUCAAUUCCUCGUCUGGAGCUGCAAGCAGCAGUGUUGGGAGCCAGACUGGAAAAUUCCGUCGUUGAAAUGUUAUGCUUUGACGUAAAGCAGCGAUACUUCUGGAGUGAUUCGAAGACUGUGCUGUCGUGGAUUCAUUCGGACCACCGACGGUACAAGCAAUUCGUCGCCUUCCGGAUUGGAGAAAUCCUCAGUCUUUCAAAGCUAAGAGAGUGGCGAUGGGUUCCGACUAAGCUCAGCAUAGCAGAUGCUAUGACGAAGUGGAACAAAAAGCACUCUAUGUGUUCAGAUGGGACAUGGUUUCGAGGCCAGGGUUUCCUGUAUUUUCCGGAAGAGAAAUGGCCAGAGCAAGGUGAGGUUACGCUGAACGACCAGGAAGAAUUGCGGGCAUGCUUCCUUUUCCACGACAUCAGAAUAACAGAACAGGUCGUAGACCCUCGGCGGUGUUCUCGAUGGUAG